AUGGCUACGCAGAUCAAGUACGAUGAAAAGUUCAUUACUGAAAACGUCUGUCUCACAAAUUUCGAAGUAGCUCAACGUCUGAAAUCGUCAGCUUUCGAAGCAAACCAAAAUGAUGAUCUUAUUGGCCAAUCAUACGAAUACGCUUUAGAAUUUUCACAUUUUCAAAAUGCAGAAGACUUAGAAUCAAUCAAGUCAUAUUUAUCUGAUGUAUUAUCUCCAUAUGAAAUUGUUACUCUCUGCAAUUUGGUUCCACAAGACGCGGCAAUGGCUAAACUUUGCUGUGCUUCACUCGAGAGAAUCAGUGAUGAAACUUUACAAUCAUAUCUUACUUUCAUCAGAGGCUUAGUCCGUUCAAAUUAA